UCUCUAGUAAUUUCGUUGGUAUUUUUGUCAGAGUUAAAGCUUCGAUCUUGCAGUUUGUAUUUGUUUUAUUGUUUCGUGGAUCUGUACUUUCCUUAAUUUUCUUUAGGGAUCUCUCUGAAAGUUGUUCCUUUCCCCUUUUGGUAGUGGGCAACUAUCAAGCUAAAUGCCUAUAAGCUCUAUACCCAGGAAAAAAAACGAUCCUAGUUCUAUGAUCUCUAGUCAUCCUAAGACGGCGACAAGGGGACUUUGAAUAAGUUCGACAUCCUUGGAGCAUGUUUCCUUUAUCUUGUCCUACUAUCAUCCCAUGCAGCAUUCUGUCGUUUAACGCCUUUUUUUGUUUGUGUUGUUUGGUGCUGAGUAAGGAUGGUUUACGUUUAACUCAUCAGUUUCUGUUAGGAAUUCAAGCCAUUAACCAUGAUUGGUUUUUCUUUUCUUUUUGAGUUUUCGGAUGUAGGCUUAUCUGAGUCCAUACAUCUUUGUGAGAUUUGGUCGGUUUCGAUUUUCAGGGAAUCAAAAAAAAAAAAAAAGAAAGAAAAAAAAGUCUCUUUCAUGGCAUGACAUGGAUUGUUUUGGUGUUACCAUCAAAGUUCCGUGCCUUAUUUGCAUUCUCAUCUGCUGAAAGCUGGUCCGGAGUAAAAUCAAGAUUUGGAGAAAAUCACUUUCUUGAAGCACAUGGAGAAACAAGUUGUCAAGGAAAAAUUCAUGCAAUUACAUAUUGGAUUACUUUGUGAAAGCUUCCGAGUUCCUGAAUAACUGAAAAGUAAUAGCAAGUUUCACAUGCUGAAGGCUUUCUGAUAUCUGGCUGUUAACCAUCUAGUUCAAGCUCAUUGCUGAUUGGUUUUUGUGUUUCUUCACCAAUUGAAUUGGAGUAGAUGUCAUUCCGUAGUAUAGUUCGUGAUGUUAGAGAUGGCUUCGGCAGUUUAUCAAGGAGAAGUUUUGAUCUCAGGCUUUCAAGUCUAAUUGGCCAUCGCAGGGGGAAAUCCCAAGGUUCUGUGUUGGAGCUGCAUGAUCCAUGUCCUGUUUUUCAUCAGAGUCGUUGGGCUAGCUUACCCCCUGAGCUUCUCCGUGAUGUGAUCAGAAGACUAGAGGCAAGUGAAAGCACAUGGCCAUCUCGUAAGCAUGUUGUUGCCUGUGCAGCUGUCUGUAGAUCAUGGAGAGAGAUGUGCAAAGAGAUUGUUAGGUGUCCAGAAGUUACUGGGAAGCUCACAUUUCCAGUCUCUCUAAAGCAGCCGGGACCUCGGGAUGGAACCAUUCAAUGUUUCAUUAAGAGAGAUAAGUCGAAACUUACUUAUCGUCUGUACCUGUGUCUUAACCCCUCUGUUCUUGUGGAGACUGGGAAGUUUCUCCUAUCAGCUAAAAGAAAUCGCCGAACCACUUAUACAGAAUAUAGUAUCUCAGUGAAUGCUGGCAACAUAUCAAGGUCAAGUAACUCAUACAUUGGAAAGCUAAGGUCAAACUUUCUUGGUACAAAAUUUGUAGUAUACGACACCCAACCACCUUACAACUUUUCUUCCUUUUGCCCACCUGGUCGAACAAGUCGUAGGUUCUCCAAGAGAAUCUCUCCUAAAGUCCCUUCGGGCAGCUACAACAUAGCCCAGGUUACAUACGAGUUGAAUGUUCUUGGCACACGUGGACCACGGCGUAUGCAUUGCAUCAUGUACUCCAUUCCUACAUCAGCACUUGAUCCUGGGGGCACAGUUCCUGCUCUACCUGAGAACCUUGUUUCACUAUCCCUCGAUGACUCAUUCCGCAGUAUGUCAUUCUCCAAAUCCUCGAUCAUGGACCGCUCAAUGGACUACAACAGCGCUCGCUUCUCUGAUGUAACCAGAGGAGCUCACAUGGACUUCAACAGUGCUCGCUUCUCUGAUAUAACUGGAGCAGCUCGCGAGGGAGAAGAGGUGGAUAACAUAAAGGAGAGGCCAUUGGUACUGCGAAACAAACCCCCAAGGUGGCACGAGCAGCUGCAGUGUUGGUGUCUGAACUUCCGGGGCAGGGUCACAAUUGCUUCCGUGAAGAACUUCCAGCUGAUAUCCGCAGUGCAGCCAGCAGCGGGCGCUCCUAGUCCAUCAGAACCACCAGCAGCGCAAUCCGAGCACGAUAAGAUAAUCCUCCAGUUCGGCAAGGUGGCAAAGGACAUGUUCACCAUGGAUUACAGGUAUCCACUCUCUGCUUUCCAGGCUUUCGCCAUAUGUUUGAGCAGCUUCGACACCAAGUUGGCCUGUGAAUAAUAAUAAUGUCGAUUGUUUCUAGUGAAAACAACUUAGGAACAAAAUUUUCAAAAGGUAAUAAAAAAAAUAAAAUUUGUGCCUUGUUGAUUCUUACCAGUUGCUAGUGUUUAGCGAUCGAGUUGUAUCAUGCAUCAUUGUUCGGACUUCUGAGUUGGCAAUGUGACUGUGAGCUUGGCCCACGUAGAUUCUCUCUUUCUAAUUAUGUGCAUUUUAAGUUAUUGUCCGUA